GAAGACCAUUGCAAAACAGUGUUUCAGUUAUUUCGUGAUGUGAAAAUAUUUAAUAUAUUAUCAAAAAAAUCAAACUUUAUCAUGUUUGACUAUUUUAAUUAAGUCCUUCCCUUCCUCCACUGCUAUAUAAUCACUUGUGUGUUUCACAAUACAAUCUCAACAAGUGUGUGUGUUUUGUGCGUGCGUGUGUGAGAGAUAACACGGAGAGGGUUUCUGCACUCGAACAUGUUCAAUUUGCCCGGCAAAAUACGUCAUGUUCGCUUUGCCCCUCAACAUGCCUGCCUGUCGUAGCGGCAGCGCUGUAGCCUACUGAGAACGGGGAUGAUAGAUGAACCGCAGUUUAUAUGUUGAUAUCUGUUGGAUGCUGCUGCAGCGACGGCCUUCCGUGUUUAGUCCAUGCGGAAGAGUGCUUUCUAAACGGCUAAUAGAGGAUUUCGACCUGGAUAAAAUAGAUUAGGAAGCGGACUCACCCAGAAACAGCUCCAUCCACCCAUACCAUCGAAUGUGUUGAUCACAGGGCGGCCCAGUUGUCCUAAAUCGAAGCCGGGGGCUAGAUUUGGAACGUCGCAGGAACAUGGAGGAACUAUGAGGGGAGGAGGAGAAGGAGAGAGGGAGAACAGACUCUCUGCUGGAGGCCAGGUUCUGAUAUCAUCCAGUUGGGACCACAGCAGAACACAGUGACUCAUCAGAUGUUGAAGCGAUGGCCGUGUGGACUGAGCUAUAGCGCUGCAACAUUCAUACACAUAGAUGCCCCCCUCCUAACCCCCCGAGACCCCUACAGCCUCCCCACCCUCCCUCUGUCUCUCCUCCAUCUCUCCUUCCUCUGUCAUCCCUCUACCCCCUCUGAUCCCAGCCUCUUUCAGAUCUAAUUGUCUCUCACUGUCUUCUUCUCUCCUUUUCUCUGCAUCUCUCUUUUUCUCUCCAUCACCCCCCCUCUCUCUCUCCCUCCCUCCAUCAUGGCGUGUUGUGGUCGCUCUCUUGACUCCCCCUGUACCCUGGCCCUAUUGGUGGGCUUCCAGUUUGCCUUUGUGGUCUACUUCUCCCUGGGGGGCUUCAGGGGGCUGGUGUCCGUACUGGUCCACUCUGAGCAGCCUGAGUUUGACUACUCCCGCCCCCACGACGUGUACACCAACCUCAGCCACCUGGGGGUGCCACCAGCCCCCCACAUAGGCACGGGGCCACCAGGGACAGGGGCUCAGCUGAAGGACUGCAAGAUGCCCUCACCACUACUGGUCGGUCCUGUGUCUGUGCGUCUGUCCUCGCCUCUCUCUCUGGAGGAGAUCAGGGAGAGGAACCCGUUGGUGUUACCGGGAGGCCGGUACAGCCCCCCAGACUGCCAGCCGCGCCACCACACGGCCAUCGUGGUGCCGUACCGUAACCGCCAGACUCACCUCCGAGCCCUACUCUACCACCUCCACCCCUUCCUACAGAGACAACAGAUUCACUACAGUAUCUACAUAGUCCAACAGUGGGGUAACUCUACAUUUAACCGGGCUAAGCUGUUGAAUGUUGGGGUCCGUGAGGCGCUGAGAGACGAGGACUGGGGGUGUAUCUUCCUACACGAUGUAGAUCUGCUGCCUGAAAAUGACCAUAACACCUACACCUGUCACAAUCAGUUCCCCACACACCUCUCUGUUGCCAUGGACAAGUUCAGAUACAGGUUGCCGUACCCCCAGUAUUUUGGAGGGGUAUCUGCGGUCACACCUGAGCAGUACAUGAAGAUGAACGGAUUCCCCAACAGCUAUUGGGGCUGGGGUGGGGAGGACGAUGACAUCGCUGCCAGAGUGCGUCUGUCUGGGAUGAAGAUAGUGCGCCCUCCAGUGGCCAUCGGACAUUACAAGAUGAUCAAGCAUAAAGGAGACAGGGGCAAUGAGCAGAAUCCACGCAGGUUUGACCUUCUGAAACGGACCAGGCUCAACUGGCAUUCUGAUGGUCUGAACUCUCUGACCUACGAACUGUUAUCCAAAGAGCUGCAGCCUCUCUACACCAACCUGACGGUCGACAUCGGGGACGACCCUCGUCUGCCCCAGAGAAAGGCCACGCCUCCUAUGCCCAAACGUGAGGUGAAGGGGGAUGAAUUACCUCCCCUUGUACCAUGGAGCAAACAUGGAUCAAAGAGGAGGGGAGACACACCCCUUGCAGCCAAACAUGACAUAAAGGGGGAGGGGCAAGCCGUUAAAGUGGGUGUGGUUACAGCUGUGACUACGGCUAAACCUAAAGCUGACAAGGUAGACCACGCCCAGUCAAAGACAGUGCAUCAGACUGUAGAUGAGAGGGCGAGUGUGGUAAAGUAGGAAGAAGGGCUGGAGAUAUGGGGUGCAUCUCAUUGGUCUAAAGCUGCCCCCUCUCCUCUUCUCUCCUGCAUCUGAAAACACAGGAUGGGUGUUAGCAAUGUGGAGGAUGUUACUGUCCUGUCCAGUUCUACCACAUCAAUGCAGAUGAAGGAAAGGACAUGAUGAGAGGAAGCCAGAGAUGCACUGAGAUGUACACUAAAAUGACACACCUUAUGUUCCUGGAUUAUCAUAGGGUCCCCUAUGAGGGGACCAGUAAAGCUAGCUAUGUCCGUGAAACUGUAGAUAUUGUGAAGCAUAGGGCUUAGGCUACAGCCAACUCAAAACCCUUCUGAAUGUGACUCACCUGCGACAGUCAAGGUAUUCAAACAACCUCUCCACCCUUCCUCUCUCAGAAGACUACACCACCGUUAUUACCAGUUGGUUUCAUUGGUUCUCAAACCUCUCUUUGGGGAUCCCCAGACGUU